AGACAACGCCUCGAUUUAUUGGGGGGAGAUUCGUGAUAAUUUAGUGCACCCGGAAUCGUGAGUGAAAAUUUGCGUGCGAAUUUUUAUUUUUUUUUUUGCAAGGAAGGAAGACAAACCAUGAAGGUGAUGAUGGCGAUUUCGGCGGUGCAGAUCGUAGCAGCCUUCGCCGCCGUGUUCCUGGCCGUUGGCGUUCUGGCCGGACCGUGGAAAGACUUUGACAGCGGAGGCGGAGGUGGAGGUGGAGGUGGGUUGACGCUGCUCGAUCACUACUUUGUGCACCACUUUGACCAGGAGGAACCGGACUCGGAGCCGGCGUCCUCGUACGCGCUGCGAGCCCUGUCAAUCAAUUGCGAGUGCGUCAAGCUGCGCCAGUGUCCGAAGAUCUUGGAGAUGCUGCGGACGCCCAAGUCGAGCUACAGCGGGUUGAACUCCAAGCUGAAGCGGUUGACCUGUGGGUUUGGAAGUGGCCGCGAGCCGAACAUCUGCUGUCCGCUGGACGAUAGCUGGCUCGCGGAUGAAGAUGUGGGUUCGGGCAAGAAGAACUCGUUCGAAGAGUCGGGGAAUUUCAAGUACUUGCAGCAACCUGGAUCGUCGACCCAGUUCGGUUUCAGCAAGGGUCGGAAGAGCUACAACAGCAACUUUAUCACUUCGUUUGAAGAUCCGAAAACCCUGAAGAAUUGUCCUCCGGUGAUCUACCCCGGCGAUGACCUCAAUCGCCCAAACAAGGUCUACCUAGCGCCGAUGAUUCGCCGGAGAACUACAACCGCCAGACCACGCGCGAUCUUCAGCAACACCCGUACAGGUCAGGAGAUCAUCCCCAUCGAACCGGAACCGACCUUAACAUCGGCGCCGAUCGUGGUGGUCGAAACCCCAGCACCGGUAACGACCACAUUGCCACCCCCUCCGGUGGCCAGCGUUCCUCCGCCAGCGGUGGUCAACGACGCCCUGUGCGGCCUGUCCGUCAACACGAGGAUCAUCGGCGGCGAGACGGAGAUCCCCGGCCAGUUUCCGUGGAUGGCGCGACUUGCCUACCGUAACAAGACAUCCGGUCGCGUAACCUACCGCUGCGCGGGAUCUCUCAUCACAAACCAGCACGUGAUCACCGUGGCGCACUGCGUGACCAACCUGAUCGACGAGUUGGAACUAGUCAGCGUCCGGCUGGGGGACCUCGAGUGCAACGCCGUUACAGAUCCCCGGUGCAGCUCGCGCUACCAGGACUUUGCGAUCGAGCGACUCAUCCCGCACGAGAACUACGACACGCCCAAGUACGCGAACGACAUUGCGCUGGUGAAGCUGCAGCAAACGACCGAGACGUACAACAUCCUGAGUCCGCUCUGUCUGCCCAUGGACCAGUACACGAGCUACGGCAGGAAUCUGACCGGCCAAACCGGGAUCAUCGCCGGCUGGGGGUCGACAAGCAAUCGAAGCAACACCCCUAGCCCGACCCUGCAGUGGCUCCGGUUGCCGAUCGUGGACACGACCCAGUGCGCCACCUCGUACGCCCGCUACUCGGUCAACUCCCGCCAGCCGAUCAUCGUGUCCAGUAACCAGAUGUGCGUCCAGGGCCAGGAAAACAUGGACGCCUGCCAGGGAGAUUCGGGCGGUCCGCUGAUGAACGAGGCCAUCUCGAGCCGCGAUCGGUUCGUGCUGCUCGGGCUGGUCUCGUUCGGGCCGCGAACCUGCGGCGUGUCCAACUUCCCCGGCGUCUACACCCGGAUCUCGUCCUACAUCGACUGGAUCAUGAACCGGAUAGAGCUUUGAGGUUGCUCUUUCUGUCUGUAUAGGUCGUACAACCAAACUUCUUUUUUUUUGUAAAUAACUUAUUGAAUGAAUGCGAGCGCGAACGAACGCAAAAAACAAAUCUAUUACGAGUCUACGAUUAAGCCAAGUAAGAGAAUAAUAGCAAUAAAAUUGAAACGUGACUGAAGCAA